AUGGUUGGUAUAGGAACUGCAGCUAUACUUUUGUCUAUAAUCUUCUUAAUCAGUGUAAAAUCGUUUAUAAGGUGGAUAAUUAGGAAUUGGGAAAGCAGAAAAUAUGCAAAAAGUUUUGCAGAAAAAGUUGAAAAAAGAGUGAGUUUUGUUGAAAAUAAAACGAGGAUGAGCGUUAGAAGGUUGGAAAGGAUUUCUUCGAAGAAGAAUUCCACUAAAUUUAUUGAGACAAUACAAAAAUAA